AUGAGUGCACCAUCUAACGCGAACGAUCCGUUGCGAGCUGAGCUAGAUAGGCUCCAACAAAUGCUUGAAGAAAAUCGGGCAAGAUGUGCUGAAGCUAAAAUACGACUGGAGGCGAGAGCUGCUGCUGAAAAGGACGGUGAAGGAGGAUGGGACCAAUUUUAUGCGGAGAUACGGGGAAAACUUCAUAGCCUGAUGGAGGAUUCGCGCGAGAAUAGGACAUCCCAUACAUCGAUGGAAGUUCUCUUGGAAGCAUCUCGGCAAGCUCAUCACGAGUCGCUGGCUGCUAUCGAGGCUUUCGCAGAGGGUAAAGCAGGCCCAUACAUUUAUGUCACCAAAUGCUGAUCAUCAAGAUGAUGCGACAUUCAGAGCACCAGACGCAACGAGAAGC